UUCGGGACACCUCUUUGACCAAACGGGCUCCUGGUCACUCCGACUCGACAGCUUGAGCUAUCGAGUUCUCUUCGCCGCGAAGGGAACAUGGGAUCAGCAGAGCCAGAGCAACAGCCGUUGCUGCUCCGACUGGACCCUCCCGGUCCCAUCUCCGACUUGUCGUCUGGCACGAUCGAGGAGGUCCUCGAGCAUCCGGUCCCCCUCCGAUGGUGGGCGCGUCUGGUGGCCUGGGAGUCGAGGCUGCUCUGGCUAGUAUCUGGCUCAUCCAUCAUCGUGUCCAUCUUCAACUACAUGCUCAGUUUCGUGUCGCUCAUGUUUGUUGGGCAUUUGGGCGCGGAGGAACUUGCGGGAGCCUCCAUGGCUAGCGUGUGCAUCCAAGGUCUUGCUUAUGGCAUUAUGUUGGGCAUGGCCAGCGCGGUGCAAACUGUCUGUGGCCAGGCUUAUGGGGCAAAGAGGUACUCGGAAAUGGGCAUCAUUUGCCAAAGAGCUAUAGUUCUGCACUUGGGGGCAGCUGUCCUUCUUAGCUUUGUAUACUGGUUCUCCGGCGACAUACUCCUAGCGAUUGGAGAAUCUGAGAGCAUCACCGAGCCGGGCCAGUUAUUCACGCGGGGAUUGAUCCCUCAGCUAUAUGCAUUCGCCCUCGCCUGCCCGAUGCAGAGGUUCCUUCAGGCACAGAACAUAGUGAACCCUCUGGCUUACAUGUCCGUGGGGGUCUUCCUCUGGCACACCCUCCUCACAUGGAUUGUGGUCUAUGUCUUGGACUACGGCCUCCUAGGGGCGGCCCUGACUCUGAGCCUCUCGUGGUGGAUUCUCGUCCUCAUCAAUGCGCUUUACAUUGUCCUGAGCCCCUCUUGCAGAGAAACCUGGACCGGCUUGUCAAUUAGGGCUUUAACAGGAGUUUGGCCUUACUUCAAGCUUACGGUUGCUUCUGCUGUAAUGCUUUGCUUGGAAAUAUGGUACUUCAAUGGACUGGUGUUCCUAGCAGGUUUCCUCUCCAAUCCUACAAUAGAAUUGGACACGAUGUCCAUCUGCAUUAAUUACUGGAAUUGGGAUAUGCAGUUCAUGCUGGGGCUCAGUGCAGGAGCCAGUAUCCGGGUCGGUAACGAGUUAGGGGCAGGUCAUCCAAGAGUUGCGAAAUUUGCAGUUGUGGUAGUGAAUGCGACCAGUAUUCUCCUUAGUAUAGUGUUCACUGCGAUUGUUCUCAUAUUCCGGGUUGGUUUGAGCAAACUCUUCACAAGUGAUGAAGAAGUCAUUAAUGCUGUUUCUGAAAUAACUCCUCUGCUGGCCAUCUCUGUCUUCCUGAAUGGCAUUCAACCCAUACUGUCAGGUGUGGCAAUUGGAAGCGGGUGGCAAGCCGUGGUGGCAUACGUAAACUUGACCGCUUACUACAUCAUCGGUCUCCCCAUCGGAUGUGUUCUCGGUUUCAAAACUAGUUUAGAAGUGGCGGGAAUCUGGUGGGGAAUGAUCAUUGGGGUUAUCCUGCAAACAGCAACCUUGAUCAUAUUGACUGCAAGAACAAAUUGGACCAAGGAGGUCGAAAAUGCCGCGGAUCGUGUGAACACAACAGCAGAGUGAGACGGACAAGACUUGGUUGGGAAACAGAGAGGCGCAUUGCGAUCUAACUAACUCUCAUCCCGCCAUUUCACAUUUCUACCAUCCCUAAACAUAACAAGGGGAAAACUAGCCCGUCUGAAGGAACCGAUCCUUUCAACCAAAAAAAAAGGAGGAGGAACCGAUCCUGACAGCCAUUAAUAUUCCAAAUCACUAACUGAUCAGAAUGUUAGAAUAGUAUCAAAUUGAUUGUUGAAGAUUUGAGCAUUCUUCAAAGAAUUCAUCGAUUUACGGUGGGUGUUGGAAGAAGAAUGAAAACGAAUCGGUGAAGCAUGAUUCAUGGUUGGUGCUUGAAGAAGAUCGAAGACAGAGAAGUUACAAGCAUUUAAUGAAGGAGAGCUGCUGAAGCAUGGAGACUGGUCAUCGAAGAGUUCUCCACGUAUUGUUGUUACGCAUGUCUUCAGAUGCGUUUAUUGUAUUGACUUUGUUUGUGUGCUUUUUGUUAACUUUGCGGACUUUCGUGUUGCUUCAUUUACGAUUGUCAGUUGUGUGCCUCCAACCAAGGUUGCGAAGUUCAUAUCUGUAGACACACCCGAAGCAAAAGCAUUUGCAUUUCAAUAAGAAGUUCCCCAUCCGGUCUUUA